CACUGAGCUGCUUCAUUACUGCCCAGUGGACCUGAAGUUUACAACAUGGGGGAGAUCUACAUCCGUCAUGUGGAGCUGUUGGGCUUCGAGAGGAGAUUCAUCCCCAGUCAGCACUAUGUUUACAUGCUACUGGUGAAAUGGAGUGAUCAGUCAGAAAAACUGAUCUAUAGAAAAUAUCCAGAGAUCUACACUUUCCAUAGAUCCCUGACGGAGCUUUUUCCUAUUGAGGCCGGUGAAAUUGAUGCUAAAGACCGGAUCAUUCCCGCCCUACCAGCUCCCAAAUGGUUUGACAAUCAGAAGGCGACGGAGACGCGGCAGGGGACCCUGGCGGAGUACUGCCACUCCCUCAUCAGCCUGCCCCCCAAGAUCUCGCGCUGCGAGCUGGUCCGCAGCUUCUUCCGCGUGCGGCAGGAGGACGAGAGCCCCCCGUCCUCACUCCCGUUUAAGAGGAAUGAGACGUACCUGAUGCAAAAGGACAAAUCAAGAACGAACACAUCUGAGAUAACUGGCCCGAUUAUCCUGGAGACCUACAGAGCCAUUGCAGAUUACAGCAAGAGCACCAAGUAUGAGCUGGACCUGCAGGCCGGGGAUCAUGUGGAGAUUGUGGAGAAGAACGACAAUGGCUGGUGGUUCUGCCAGUGUGAGUCUCGGCGCGGCUGGGUGCCAGCCUCCUAUCUGGAGCCUCUGGAGAGCCCCGAUGAGACAGAGGAGCCGGAGCCCAACUACGAAGGGGAGCUGUACAUCACCACUAAUAGCUACACUGCUGUGGAGGAUGACGAACUGACUCUGGGGGAAGGAGAGACCAUAGAGGUUAUUCACAAGCUGCUGGACGGUUGGUGGGUGGUCAGGAAGGGUGAGGAGACGGGACACUACCCAUCCAUGUUCCUGCGGGCGAAAGGAGAAAAGCUGGACACCACGAGGAAUGAGAACCUGAGAAAAGCCCCUCCACCCAGGAGGUCCACAAUCCGGAAUGCCCAGAGUAUCCACUCUAGAGGGCGCCAGCGCAUCACCCAGGACACCUACCGCAGGAACAGCCGGCGGUACCUGCAGCAUCGCGACCCGCGGGGACCCAGGCAACAGGCCUCCCAGCCACGAUCUUCCCAGCCAGAGGUGUCCCAGCCACGAUCUUCCCAGCCAGAGGUGUCCCAGCCACGAUCUUCCCAGUCAGAGGCAUCCCAGCCAGAGGUGUCCCAGCCACGAGCUUCCCAACCAGAGGUGUCCCAGCCACGAGCUUCCCAGCCAGAGGUGUCCCCGCCACAGAGCCCAGCCAAGACGCAGCCUGUCCUGCAGGAGAAACAGAUGAACAACGGAAAUGGCAGCCCCAGCACCAUCGACCCCACCCCUCCUCCAGCCCAGGAGCCCCAGGGAGGCCUGCCCACUGUGCCCCCCCGGCCCAGCAGAGAGCUCAUCCUGGAGCGCUGCACCGAGCACACCCGCAAGAAAGUCAGCAUCCGCAGCGCCAGCUGAACAAGUCCGAACAGCGCCGCCCUGCAGGCGGGAGGAAUGACACACCGGCCUCACGCAUUAUAAUUCCUCCCCUUUCAGAAUCUGAUCCGUCCAGCUCCUUCCAUAAUUAAGUGUACAAGAAAACAGUCUGUAGUUAAUGAAAUGAAAUUUUAAUGAGCUAAGAAGUUCACAAUGUCUAGGACAUUUCACCACUGAGGCUUUGCAAUGUCAGAAUGUCUGUUUACAGAUAAUUUAAUUCCUUCGUAAAGUAUGAGAAGCAUAGCUUGUGUUAUUAUUUUGUGUUUAUUCUCUGUGUGUGUCUGAUAUAAGGAUUUUGAACAUCAAUCCUCAGACAUAUUUGUGCACAAAUAAAUGUUUAUUUUUAACGAGACUGUGGGUAUCCUGUUUAAGUGGGAGCUUGUUCUGACAGACAGAAAAACCCAGUCUGUCUGUCAGAGCAGGAGGCAGGUAGUGGCCUGUUUUUAGAUGCAAGGUGUUGGCAGAAUAUUAUCCAGCAUUGUUGAUUGUUUUUAGCAUUUUCUCCUUUGUUAGGAUAAGCUAUUUUGUACCCUUACUGCACCUGCUUCACAAACCUUAGCAGUGCAGCAUCCUGCAAAGUACACCUGCUAUUUAUUCAGCACAACUGCUUUACAGAAAAAGGGAGAAGUGACAAUUGUAGCAUUCAUUUUGAAAGGCUUCUGUAUCAUCUUUUUGUUACGCAAGGCUUUGUGUGAAGUGUGUAAGCAACAGGUUGUGAACCGUCUCUUCCCCAGAUAUCCCUCACACUGUAUUAAAAAAAGAUGUGUCUCA